AUGAGGUCGUAUUACGGACUUAUUGGAGCAUUGUUAACUCUUUCCUUAAUACAAAUAGGACUGGGACAACCGGUGGAAUACGGACUAGAGGAGAGGUUAUUGAAAACAACUGCCGACCGCAUCAAGGAACAUGGCUACCCUGCGGAAGUUCACAUGGUAGAGACUGAGGACAAUUAUGUGAUUGGCAUGUUUCGCAUUCCCUAUUCCCACAAAUUGCAAAACCAAAAUGAAAAAAGGCCGGCGAUUCUUCUGCAACACGGCUUAACCUCUUGCUCCGAUGCUUGGGUUUUGAGUGGCCCCAAUGACGCCUUGGCUUUCUUGCUGGCCGAUGCUGGCUACGAUGUUUGGAUGGGAAAUGCCCGCGGCAAUACCUACUCACGUAACAACACCAGGCUGUCAACUAAUCACCCGUAUUUUUGGAGAUUCAGCUGGCAUGAGGUGGGUGUCAUAGAUAUGGCUACAAUGAUCGAUCACAUUUUGGCCACCACAGGUGAAACCGCCGUCCACUAUGUAGGCCACUCCCAGGGCACCACAGUAUUCUUUGUUUUGAUGUCCGAGAGGCCUGAAUUUAACGAAAAGAUUAAGACGGCCAGUUUAUUAGCACCAGUGGCAUUUAUGGGCAAUAUGAAAACUUUGUGGGCUAAGUAUACUCGACGUUUUAUUGGACGGCCCAAUCAGUUGACCCGUAUGCUUGACACCACUGAGGUAAUGCAUUCGACAUUCUUUGCUGAACUCUACAAUGUCUUUUGUACACACCAUCCAAUUUUGAAAUUUAUGUGCAGCAACUUCAUGUAUCUCCUAAAUGGUGAUACCGAUGCUGGAAAUAUGAAUAAGACCGUGGCCGCUCAUUUAAGUGAAACACAUCCCGCUGGAGCCUCCUCUACACAGGUUCUGCACUACAUGCAAGAGUAUGAAACUGGCCGAUUUUGUCAAUUCGAUUAUGGUGUGGCCGAAAACCGCAAAAAAUAUGGCCGAGACACCCCUCCUGAUUAUGAUGUGACUAGGAUUACGGCCACUUUGUUCUUCUAUUACAGUGAUGCUGACACCUUGGCCGAUGUACAGGAUGUGGAAUAUCUAGCAUCAUUGCUGCCCAAUGAACCCACCAUGACCCAUUUUCCUGGUGACCUCAUCACUCAUGGUGAAUUCAAUUGGCACGUUCAAGUCAAGGAGUUGAUCAAUACACCUAUCAUCAAUGCCUGCAAUGCCUAUGAGAAAUCUUUGGAUAGACUCAAAGGGAAUAAAUAAUAAUAAAUAUGGGGGACACAUUUAUGUCAUAAUUGUCA